UGCCCCGCGUUGAGAGGAGGAGGGUCUGGACUGGUUACCUGGUAACCACUCAAACACUGUGUUGAUAGAAUGGAAAUGCGGAAGGGCUUGACAUCUAAAGCUAGCAACAAGUUGGUAAUCACCUCAGUGGCCUUUCAAGACCACAUUACACGCAGCCUGCUGCAACCAAACUUCUCACUUUCUGACCCUUUGAUGAGAUACAAAAUACAAGCACCCAGAAAACGAGUGGAGAAGAGGGGUCUGCAGACACAAAAUCAACAAGAAGAGAGAGAGUAUGUGCUUGAUUCUGCUCCAGCUCCUUUAACAUUAGCUCAGAAGUUGGGUUUGGUGGCCUCCCCUGCAGGGAGACUGACAGAGGACGAAUGGACUCGGGUCAAGGCGAGGUCUGUUCAGCAGGGGGACUCGGCUCAGCCCUGUGCAAUAUGCAGGGAGGAGUUUUGCCUUCAGCCUCAGGUGUUGCUGUCUUGUUCUCAUGUUUUCCAUAGAGCAUGUUUGAAGGCCUUUGAGAGAUAUUCUGGUAGAAAGUGGUGCCCGAUGUGCAGAAAGAAUCAGUAUGAGACACGGGUGAUCCACGAUGCAGCUCGACUCUUCAAACACCAAUGUGCCAUCAGAAUUCAGGCAUGCUGGCGAGGCUACGUUGCUCGUAGACGAUACAGAAAAUUGAGAAAAUCCAUCUGCCCAAAGGACAAACAGCUGCGACGGAAAUUCUUCGAAGCAAAGUUGCAGGAAUUGAAUGACAGCUUUGUCCGAUACUGUCACACCGACACGGAGGCUUUUCUGAGUGAUAUCAACCGCUCCCUGUCAUCAAGCAGACAAGUGUUUCAGCAGCUGGAGAAAAAGCAUGUCCCUGAACCUCAGGAGAGCGACUGGGAUCAUAUACAGAGCCAGAUUAUUCAGAGAGAUGUCUGGGACUGCCCCAUCUGCCUGACUGCAUUAUGCAGCCCGAGCCUACCAACAGAAGCAGGUACAUCCAACCAUAGACAACAAAGACGCACCGUGCUUCUGUCAUGUUCCCACCUCUUCCAUCAGCUCUGUCUAGAGGCUUUUGAGGCCUUUUCUAUAGACAGCAGACCUUCCUGUCCCCUGUGCAGAUCCGUUUACCACAAAAAAAACAUCUAACAGGUACAAAUUUAUGCAAGAUGGCAUUCUAAAGAUUUUUCUUUGCAUUUUUGCCUUUUAGUUGACAAAGGACAGUGUAGAAAUGGGGAAGAGAGAGAGAGGGUUAUGACAUGCGUUAAAGGUCUUAAGGCCGAUAUCAAACCCAAUACGUUGUGGUUAUAUGGCAUGCGCUGUAACCACUCACAAUG